GUUAUCGAAUUAAACUACUUAUACUUAUGCCCAUACAAUACAUUUCCAUGCAACAAAAUACGACUAUAACUUUGCAGCGUUUAAGUGGAUAAUUAACUAGUUGAUUCUUUGUCUUGCUGGCGUCGUUAGAAACAACAACUACUGUAACGAGCUAGACUAUAGCUACAAUUGAGAGCUAGCUAGCUGUGUGAUGGUGACAUCAUUACUGUGUAGUAACUAGCUACAAUGUGCACAACCUAACAGCACAUCGCUAUAUCGACUAGUACAGCAGUAGGUGCAUGAUUGGCUUGUGGAACCAGAGGCCUGGAUCCGAAAUCUGAAAGAUCACCCUACAUUAACACCAAUAUUUAUUGGCCCCAAGUCUGCCAUGAGAUCACUCAUUUAAACAAACGUGGGAAGAAGAUGGCUGCAGAGCUUUUUCCCACUAAGACGCCGGUCACUUGUGCCUCCGCUAGUACAUCUGUUCAGCAGUACCAGCAGCAGAAUCUGAACAACAACAACACAAUACACAGUUUUAAUUGGCAAGGACUGUAUCCUACCAUUCGAGAAAGGAACUCAGUCAUGUUCAACAGUGAGUUAAUGGCAGAUGUUCACUUUGUUGUGGGCCCUCCAGGUGGGACCCAACGAGUCCCAGGGCACAAAUAUGUUCUGGCUGUUGGAAGUUCAGUUUUCCAUGCCAUGUUUUAUGGUGAACUGGCUGAGGAUAAGGAAGAGAUCCGUAUACCUGACGUUGAACCUCCCUCUUUUCUGGCGAUGUUGAAGUACAUUUACUGUGACGAGAUAGACCUGUGUGCCGACUCUGUUCUGGCUACCCUCUAUGCUGCUAAAAAGUACAUAGUGCCUCAUUUGGCACGAGCCUGUGUUAACUUCCUGGAGACGAGUCUGAGUGCCAAGAAUGCCUGCGUGCUGCUGUCCCAGAGCUGCCUAUUUGAAGAGCCCGACCUAACACAGCGCUGCUGGGAGGUGAUUGAUGCCCAGGCCGAGUUAGCACUCCGCUCGGAGGGCUUCUGCGACAUCGACGCACAGACCCUCGAGAGCAUCCUGCGUCGCGAGACCCUCAAUGCGAAGGAGAUGGUGGUGUUCGAGGCGGCACUGAGCUGGGCCGAAGCCGAAUGCCAGCGGCAGGAACUGCAGCCCACCAUCGAGAACAAGCGCCUGGUGCUGGGCAAAGCCAUCUACCUCAUCCGUAUACCGACCAUGGCGCUGGAUGACUUUGCCAAUGGAGCAGCGCAGUCCGGUGUGCUGACACUCAACGAGACCAACGACAUCUUCCUGUGGUACACAGCUGCCAAGAAGCCCGAUCUGCUCUUUGUCAGUAACCCCCGCAAAGGCCUGUCUCCACAACGCUGCCAUCGCUUCCAGUCAUGCGCCUACCGGAGCAACCAGUGGCGCUACAGGGGCCGCUGCGACAGUAUCCAGUUUGCCGUGGACAAGCGCGUCUUCAUUGCCGGCUUUGGUCUGUACGGCUCUAGCUGCGGCUCGGCAGAGUACAGCGCCAAAAUCGAGCUGAAGCGUCAGGGAGUGUCCCUGGGCCAGAGCCUCAUCAAGUACUUCUCUGACGGCUCCAGCAGUACGUUCCCCGUGUGGUUCGAGUACCCGGUGCAGAUUGAGCCGGACACAUUCUACACGGCCAGCGUGGUGCUGGACGGCAAUGAGCUGAGUUAUUUUGGUCAGGAGGGUAUGACCGAGGUGCAGUGUGGGAAGGUGACCUUCCAGUUUCAGUGUUCCUCAGACAGUACCAACGGAACAGGUGUGCAAGGGGGUCAGAUCCCAGAACUCAUCUUCUACGCCUGAAAUGUUAAAUGCCACUUUUAAAAUCCAGGGCGAUUUUUGUCUGAUACUGCCAUUUUGGAAGGGUAGGAAAUUUAGGGGUAGGAAAACCGAUGGAGAUGGGAUUUAUUCUCAGGAUGUUCUCAUGCAUCAAGUCUUGCGUAUUUAACAUGUUUCUGUAAACCGAGUGGAAGAGUUUGAAAUAUUCUGCCUUAAAAGUCAGUGUGAAGGACCAGGGUUGUGGUGACCAAAAGCAACAAAAAAGUAACUAUUUCUGUCAAAUGAAGGAUAAUGUGCAAAGUGUUUCACUCCGUAUAAAUGUUGUCCUUGCAACCUAACAUUUAAUCAAAAACAGCACAAGUAUGCAGUGUAUUUCCCCCCCACUCUUACAUUCCUGAUAUAAUUUGUUACACUACAAAUGACAAUGACUCAAGAUAUGACUUUAGUACAAAAUAUUUCAACAGUUUCGAGAAACACUACAUAUAUUUUUGUAUUUCUAACUUGAGAAAUUGUCAACAAUUUUGAUGGUGCAAUUUCUAAGGUUUUGUAUUCAAAAAUGUUGUUGAACGUCAAUCCGUUGUCAUUUGUGUGUCUUCAGAUUAAACCAAUGUUUUAUUUAAUCAUUAAAAGGUUUUCAUGUAAAUACUAACCUUUUGUAUGUAAGCGUACACAUAAUCUUCUCAUGGUCCAGUAUAACUUAAUCAUAUGCUGAACCCCCUAUAUGAAAGGGGAAAGUCUUUUUUGUAUCCCCCUCACUAGCUUGUGUUUAGGUGGUGUAUUCUAACAGGCAGUAAAGAAUCAAAGAAUAACUUUGUACUGUAAUUGUGACAGUGCUGAUGGACCUAUGAAUGUGCCAUGUUUGAAUAAUGACAAAGCUAUCUAAUUCUGUUUUUUUUUUCUUUUGUUUUUCUUUUUACACUAUUAUUGACGUUGUUAGAUACUAUUAAACAUUAUAUGGA